UGAGCAGCAGCGCGCAGGCUAUAAGUAUGGCGGCGCGGUGGGGCGGGGAGCGCAGCGGGGCAGAGCAUCUCGGGUGGGCCGUGCGGCGCCGCGCCAUGGCGCCCUCGUUACGGCACGGCAAGGGCCGCCCGCCUCGGGACAGGGCCGAUAGAAAGACAAGGAAGCCGCUGGUGGAGAAGAAGCGCCGGGCGCGGAUCAACGAGAGCCUGCAGGAGCUGCGGUCGCUGCUGGCCGACAGCGAGUUUCAGACGAAGCUGGAGAACGCGGAGGUGCUGGAGCUGACGGUGCGGCGGGUGCAGGCCGUGCUGGAGCGCCGCUCGCUCGAGGGCGGGCGGCUGCACCGUGAGGCCAGCGAGCGGUUCGCUGCCGGGUACAUCCAGUGCAUGCAUGAGGUGCACACCUUCGUGUCCAGCUGCCCCGGCAUCGACGCCACCACGGCGGCCGAGCUGCUGAACCACCUGCUGGAGUCCAUGCCCCUCAGCGACGGCGGCUGCCCGGACUCGGUCACGGACCUUGGGGCAGAUCCCACCGCGCUCAGCCUCUCGCUCGGCAGCGAGGUGCUGGCCCCGGGCCUCCCUGCCUUGGCACCCUCACCCUCUCCCAGCGAAGAGAUCUGCUCCGACUCGGACGAGGCGGAAGCCGAGCCGGGCCAGACCUCCACUGAUGGACUGGAUGCUUCCCAGACGCAUGGCCUGCCUUCGCCUUGCUUACCCAAAUCCAUGUGGAGACCUUGGUAAGGGAAGGGUACCCAGGAAUCGGCGCAGACCUACCUAGCGGGGAGAGCAGCCGGGCACUGUGCUGCCCUAUGGCACUCUGAGCAGCGCGGGGGACUGCCGGCGGGCAUCGCUGCACUUCGGGACUGCAUCAGCGGCACUGUUACACUGUCAGGCCCUGACAGGCUAAUAGCUAAACGCGUUAACAUUUCAUCCGUGUGCGUGUGUGGCGUUUUGUAACUUUAGGGGUUGUUUCUAUGAGGUUGGGGGAGGGGCGGGGUAAGGGAGUUGGUCUUUAGUAGCAAAGCUCUUUGGUGGAUACACAGCAGUUAUUUUAUAACCCUGUUUCUUGGCCCUUAUAAGUGGCCGUGAAAUCACUGCUUUUUUCUUAAGAAGAAGCCCUUGUGCAUCUUAAAUCAUGAUGGUUAACUCCAUGAGAAGCUUGGGUCUGCAUGCACAGUUUUAAGUGUUCUAGUGAUAGCAAAGACCCCUGAAAGGGGUUGGUGUGGUUAGCAUCUGUCCUUGGUAGCCUAGAGUCCCACCUUCAGUGAAGGAGGAGGAAAAGCUUAGAGACCUGGUGGAAUUAGGCAAACAUAAAAGAUACCGGUGGCAGGGUGCCUUUUAGAGAUGAGUGUCUUUAUGCACAUUUUGCUUUUAGCACAAUUGAGUUUAUUGUGACUUUUUGUAUAUUAGGGUGUCAAAUGUUUUUUAUUUUUAAUCUUUAAUAAAAAAAUACUGAAUUCAAAACUGA